AUGAUGUCGUGUCUGCUUCUGCCCGCCAAGCCCUUCCCUUCCUCCUCUCUCACUACACUUGUGUCCUGCGGAUCCAUACAUUCUGCUAUGGUGCAUGUUGCGGCGGCUAAAGUGUCUUUCCGGUCCAGAUGUACAUGCAUGUUGUUGGGCUCGUUGCCGUUGAUGUUACUGUUACUGUGGCAAGCCCACCCUGUUUGCUUGGUGGUGCCCAAUGUGCCCAAACAGCAAACCCACUCCAACGGCCAUCUCCAAGCAAGCAACCAGAAAGAAGCUAGCUACCAGGACCAAUGUUGUCCCUCAAGGCAGAUCACUGCCAGGCAGUUCUUCAGCUGGAAGCAUUCUUUUGCCCUGUAUGUUGUUGACCCAUUCCCCAUCACAAACCUGGCUGAAUAG